AUGACCAGCGGAAGAGGGCUAGUGGCGGCUUUGGUGCUAGUGACGACGGCUAUCAUUCCCGACAGUUCCACCGGGGCCGGUGACUUUGGCUUGCCCUACACUGUGCCCGGAUUCGAUGCAAACUUCCGUAGCACCAUCGGAUCGGGCGUUGUAAGCGUGGUGAAGGCCAACGGCACUUUCGGCAAGUAUAACGCCUCGCUCGAUCGCAGUGGUGCCACCGUGGUGUUGUUCGGAUUGGCCAACAAUCUUACUACCCCACUGAACCGGAUGCUUGGCCAUGUGGCCGCCGCUUUCGGUGGCAACAGCACCGAUACCGUGCAAACGCUGCUGCAAGAUCUCCAGACCUUGGAGGAUCCGACGUCCGCUGCCCUGGAGGCGGCAUCGGAAGCUGUGGGCUCGCUGGAUGGUGUGGUUGGCCCAAGGCGCGUAGAAAGUCUGUCGGCCAACGUGUCGACGAUCGCGACGCAACUCAGCACGCUGGUGCGCAACGUGGCCACUUUCAGUGGAGCACUGCGCAAGGUAGAAGAUCCCGAGUCGAGCUACAAUGCCUCCACCAUCGCAUCCCUCAUCGACUCGGAUAUGGUCCAGUCGCUGACUGCGCCGGUGCGUGCAAUCAACGCCGCCCUCGGGGACAUCUCGAAAGUCUUCGUUGCCAUCGGGAAAGAUCGCACCGAUGCCAUAGCGCAGGAAGUGGCCAUGAACUCUACCGUGCGCAAUGCACUGCAAGAUCUGUCCAACCAUUUCACCACCGUCGAUCGCUCCGUUUCCGAAACGAUUCGCCAAAUGGAGCUGCAGACUAACGGUACCGUGCGACAGGUCGGCGAAGAGUACAACCGGACGAAGACACGUCUGGCCGACGCAGCCGAUGAGGAACUGGUGCAGACGUUCGCCGAAAUGGUCGCGGCGCAGGGGCUCAAGCACAACCGACUCGCGGGCGAACUGUUCCGCGAACUGUCCGCCAACUACAGCCGGACGCUCCAGGCAGCAGCGGACGAGGUGGCAGCGCAGCUUUCCGCCGCGACUACCGCACUGAUCGAUGAGGCUACGGUGAGUGACGGCCCCACGGCGGAUCGGUGCCUGCAGCGCCAUGUGACCGACUUCCGCCAGGGACCGUACGCGAUAACACGUCUCUCCGGCUGCUACCAGGCCGAUGUUCGCACGCUGCCCUACCUUCAAGCGGCGAGCGGAAACUUCCUCGAUCAGCUUCGCAGCGGGGCCGCCUAUGCCGCUCAGACUCAGUCAAUCUGCGGAUCAGGCGCCUCGAACUGCACGGCCAAGUACAUCGAAGCACUGCCGACACUUGACUCACAGAUGCAGGAUCGUUUGAAGAGUUUCGAAUCCUUCUUGCGGACGGAAACGGCGGCACUAAGCGAGCGAUACGCCAUCUGCGCUGCGGCCAUCCGUGCCGAUAUAGACUCCCACGUGAAGGCGACGGACGAGAAGUUCAAAAAAUGCCUCACCGGCGGGAACUAA